AUGGAGAUUCAUGGGCAACAACAUGAUAAAGAAGUGAUGAAAUCCCAGGAGCAGGAGAGGAGGCAGAGUGACAACAAGCUUAAGAAGAAGUUUGUGGGAGUGAGGCAAAGGGGUUCUGGGAGAUGGGUAGCGGAGAUCAAAGACACCACAACACAUAAAAUAAGGAUGUGGCUGGGAACCUAUGCAACAGCAGAAGAAGCUGCCCGGGCUUAUGAUCAGGCUGCUUGCCUCCUUCGUGGAUCAAACGCGCGGACAAACUUUGUUACUCAUCAUCGUCUUCCUGCAGAUUCUCCCCUCGCUGCUCGAAUCACAAACCUUCUCAACACCAAAAACUGCUCAAAGCCUCAACCAAAAUCAUCUUCCUCUAAUACUAUCCUUACCUGCAGAAGGAAUAAUAAUAAUAAUAAUAAUUUAGAUGAUAAUGAUUCUGUGUCGUCUAAUGGGAAGAUGAAUAUUCCAGACACAGAAGAUUCAUUAUUUUCUUAUUAUGAUAUCCAGAAGACACAGUUUGAUGCUGAUUUGCACAGCUGUUCAUAUGAACUCCAGAAGGGCUCGUCGUCAUGGAGUUUGGAGAAAAGCAUUGAUGAAUUUGGUGAAGAACUAAUAGAAUUUCCCAAGACGACUACAGUAGCUGAAAUGGGAAUCUCAGAAUUUGAGAGAAUGAGGGUUGAAGAGUAUAUGCAAGCCAUCAUCAAGGAUGGCGCAGGCGAAUCCCUCUGGGAUCUGCCUCCCUUGUGUUCUUUAUCCAACACUUAUUAA